ACUCUCAUAUCCUUGAAAACAUCUUCAGAAGAAAAAUGCUAGUUCUAUUCCUCACUUUAUUCGCAAUAUCUUCAACAUAUUCAGCAUUUUUUGCAACCCAGCGCCAUUUCUUCCCCGGAUUGGAUACAGUGAGACGAACAAAUUCUGAGCCGACAUUGGCCGACCUACAGGUGUCAAAACCUCACCAUGUCGCACGCCCUUCUCUCUCGGCAUUUCAUCCCCAGCUGGAAGGUCAUCAAUUCUACAAGAGGAGAGUUCAGAAACCAAGGCAUUUCGCUAGCGCAGCCCUGAAUAAGCAAAAGAGGGGUUCGGUUCACUCUCAAGAAAUGGCCGAAGGAUGGGAUAGCUAUCCAAAUAUAGAGCAGAUAACAGAAUGUAUGACAGUUGGGACAAUGGGGUCUGAGGAAGAAAUUACUUGGUUUUUCAGAUCUCAGGGGGAGACGGAAACCUGUGGAUUAUACAUCGUUGGUGAACCUGACAGACUGAUAGAGAUAACUGUUGAUAAACUAGACGUAGACUGCUCAAACGGUCUUAUUAUGGUGUUCAAUGGCUGGGAGUUAAACAGUAACAUAUUUCCCGGGGCCGAGGAUCAUCAGCUUCCAUUGAACAAGAGGUCAACGACCUUCUGUAACCAGGAACAAGCAUCUAAUAAGGUAUUAGUAUCCAGUCAGAACGCUGCUCUGGUAUCCUAUAAGAUACCAACCCCGGGACAAGGAUUUAGUGUUAGAGUUAGAACACUUCAUAAUCCAGAUCCCUGUAAUAUUCUGAUGUCUGACCUAUCUGGUUACUUUACUCUUCAAAACCAUGGAAUAGCAAGAAACUGUUCUUUAACAACCCUUCUGUUUCCUGCAAACUUUGCUCUUCUCUCUAUGGAUGUUGGGGAACCUUACAGAACCAAGCGAAGUCAGGAUUCAGGACUACAAACUCAGUGUUCUCAACAUGGUUGGUCUGAUUAUAUUGAACUCGGAGGGAGUCUAGAGCUGGAAUCAUCUAAUCUGGCAUCCUCGGAAACCAUUUGCGGAUUUGAUUCAGAACCUAUCAAGAAGGGGUUGACUGUUCUGUGUGGAUCUAGCACUGUGAGAUUAGUUUCCAGCGGAGACUUUGAAAACACUGUCUCGGUUUAUGUCAAGGCUGCUUCUGAUGACGAUCUAGACUUCAACACUAACUAUGUUAUCACUUGUCCUGAAAACUAAUUUUAUUUUCAAAAUAAAAAUAAAUAUCUAUGAAAAAAGCCAAUUAUAGUAGCAGAUGGAACAUCAGAAUUAUUCAGGUUUGGCUUUCAGAUAAUAGAUGUUUCCGCAUUUAAGUAAAACCAAGAAUAUAAAAAAUAUAUUUUAGAAAUUUUCUAUUUAAUAUGUUUAACUGUUUGUUAGAAAUAUAUAAGAAAAAUUUAAGUAAUUGUAACAUUUUAAACUUUAGGUUUGCUGUGCAUUUUGUUAUAAGUAUCAUUUAGUUUUAAAAUGUUUGUAAAAUUUAAUGAGAUUUUUUAAGAAAAGCGGGGUCAUGAGGCUAAAAUAUGAGUAGAUAUGUGUAUGUAUAUAUGCUGACUAUUAUAAUGUUAUUCUGUUUAAUAAA